AUGACCUUCAAAAUAAACCAAGAAAUUGCUGUCUGCGGAGGUAGAUUACUUAAAUUAUCCCAUGAAUCUAUCGCAACCAAGACUUCUAUGGAUGUAAACGUCUACCUUCCUAAACAAUUCUAUCAGAAGAGUAGUAAAAUAAUCCCAAGUAUAUAUUACUUAUCAGGUUUGACAUGUUCACCACAGAAUGCUUCAGAAAAGGCCUUCUGGCAAAUUCAAGCUGAUAAAUAUGGUUUUGUAAUGGUUUUCCCAGAUACAUCUCCAAGAGGUGAAGGUGUUGCUACAGAUCCUGAAAAUAGUUGGGAUUUUGGUAUUGGUGCUGGUUUCUAUGUAAAUGCUACCGAAGAACCAUAUUCCAAGAACUAUCAUAUGUUUGACUAUGUCCAUAAUGAAUUGCCAAAGAGCUUAAGUGAACACUUCAACAAAGAUGGUAAAAAAAUUGAUUUCUUAGAUAAUAUUGCAAUCACCGGUCAUUCAAUGGGGGGAUUUGGUGCCAUUUCCGGUUAUUUAAAAACAUUGGAUAAGAAUCAAUAUAAAUCAUGUUCAGCAUUUGCACCAAUUGUUAAUCCAAUGAAUGUGCCAUGGGGUCAAAAAGCCUUUAAAGGUUAUUUGGGUGAUGACAAAUCGAAAUGGGAGCAAUAUGAUCCUUGUCAAUUGUUGAAAGUUGUGCCAUCUAAGAACAAUGACAAGAUUUUGAUUCAUGUCGGCACAAACGAUCCAUUUUUGGAAAGAGAAUUAAAACCAGAUAAUAUUGUUGAAGCUUCAAAAGGGACAACUUGGGAAAACAAAAUUGACAUGAAUAUCGCUGAAGGAUUUGACCAUUCAUAUUAUUUCAUAAGCACAUUUGUUCCAAUGCAUGCUGAAUUUCACGCUAAGAAUUUAGGUUUAAUUUAG